AUGCCUCCUUAUUUCAACAGCAGCAGCAGCAGCAGCAGCAGCGGGGCAUCUUUUUAUUUGCUGCUGCUUUCUUCUAUUACUCCGUUCAUCUGUCUCCUUUUGUCUCCGUGUCUCUUUUGCUGCUGUCUCCUCAGCUGGCUUAUACGCCCGAUCUUGCGCGGCCCCGAAGCAGCGCUGCAAUCUCUGCUUCAGUCUCAAGCAGCGAAGCAGACUGUCUCUUCUCUGCAGCAGCAGCAGCAGCAGAAGCAGCGACUAGGAGAUCCUAUAGAGGAGGCAGUCCCCUCAGGAGAGACCCUUGAAGCCCUGCGUCGCAGCGCACAAGACGAAGACACGUUUAAUCCAUCAGCAAUACCUAAGAUAUGGCUGGGGUUGCUGCUGCCUUCUUUAGCAGCAACUAACGCUGCAGCAGGAGCUGCAGCAGCAGCCACAAGUGCAGCAGCAGCAGCACCAGCAGCAGCAGCAGCAGCAGGGGGCUUCCGCUGCCAAGGACAAUUUCAAUGUUUCUCUUAUGAUGAUUUCUUCGUUAAGGCUGUCCCUUUGCUGCGGCUGCUGCAUGCAUCUCUUGCUUUCUGUCCUCGUUUGCUGCUAGCUGUCUUGGGUAUAUGCAAAGAGUUUGCUGCUGCAGUGCAGCGGGGAACAGAGCAGCAAGACUGGCGCUAUAGACAGCUUACGGCGUUCAUGGGGGAGGUGAUAUUUCCUGCUGUGUCGCAAGUGCUGCACGGGGCCCCCACAGUAAACGCGUUGCUGUGGGGUGUCUUAAGAGAGCUGCCUUCGUAUAGAAGAUAUAAAAUUUAUGAUGAAGUCAUGAGUGCUUGGAAACAAGAGACAUGCCCACUAGCUUUGAACUACGAAGUAGCUCGCAUAAAGCUGCGGAAGCUUUUAAAGAGAUUAACGUCAAAAAUAUUUGUUAAAAACGCAAGAGACACAGACAAGGGGAUAUUAGCUGAGAUAUCUUGUCUGUCUCUCACCGCACCGCUGCCACUAGCAGAGGCAGCAGUUACUCAAGGAGACCUUUUUGAUGGGAACAUGGUGCAGACUCUAACUGAGGCAACGCGAAGUGUCUCCUCUGUUGCAGCAGAUGUACUAGCAUCUCGUUUUGUGCAGCGGCAGCUGCAGCGCAGAGACAGUGGAGUGGAAGCUGACGGGAUUGGGGUGUCUAGACGUCUCUUAAACAGGGCUUCUAUGGCGGGCUGCUUCUUUAGGCUCCACAAGGAGACAGACUUGCGUCCUUUACUCGUCUCCACGCUGACGCGGAUGUGGGGAGAGCUGCACGUGCGAGACGUGCAGCAGUUCUGGAGACAGCCUGUGGGGUCUCUCCAGCAGCAGCAGCAGCAGCAGCAGCAGGAUCAGAAUCAGCAGCAGCAGCAGCUGCAGGUGCAGCAGCGGCCUAGGGGUCCCCCUGUUGUGAUAGCAGGCAAGAACUCAGAUUAUCCUAAUGCUUUAAGUGGAUAUAUUCGAGACAAAGAAUAUCUAGAGAGACUUCUAGAAGUAGUAGGCUGCUGCCCGCGACUGCCUGAGGCUGGGGCUCUGACCCCCGACCAAAUAUAUGCGCAGGCAGGGGGUCCGUUGUUGAAGACGGAGGUGAUGUUAGUAGGAGGGGAGGAGGAGACAGCAGCAGAUAUAUCAGCACAAGAGGCUUUAAGAGAGUGUAUAGGAGACAGUCGUUUGCUGCUGCCUUUGCUGCUAAUCCCUGCAAAAGUGAGGGCCGAGCUCUUAUACGAUUCUUUUUUUAAUCAAUCAGUGCAGGUGUUCUGCGCCCAUGUUGACGAUCUUCAUAAGUACCAUUUGCAGCUUCUUGCUUAUUUAGAGCGCUCGUUUAACACAAACAAAUACAAACAACUACUACCUCCGCCUCAUAUUCUCUUUGCGUUCCUCCCUCCGGCUAUGGCUUGGAGUUUCUUAAGACCAGCAUUACCUGAUUUCCUUAAGACAAACUCCAGCAGCAGCACCAGCAGCAGCAGCAGCAAAGGCAGCAGUAGCAGCAGCAGCAAGGGAAGCACCCAAAGAACAGCACCCAUGCAGGUCGAUGAAGCAUCGCCGCAGAUGCGACAGACACAGCCCACCUGCAGCACUCCGCCACUAAAACAGGGGCCUCAAGCAGCAGCAGCAGCACCAGCAGCAGCAACAGCAGCAGCAGGGUCAGGAGGGGCAGCAGCAACUGCUGCUGCUGCAGCAGAAGACGGAGAGCAAAGCCCAGCUUGCUGCGGUGUUGCCUCCGAAGGCAGCGCCUUGGAGCCGUCGUUUACAGGUAUGUUGCCCAUCAGCAGCAGCAGUAACAGCAACAGCAGCAACAGCAGCAACAGCAGCAACAGGAACAGCAGCAGCAACAGGAACACCAGGAGCAAUAUCAGCAACAGCAGGAGCAGAAGCAAGAGCAGCAAAAACAUCAGCAACACCAACAGCAGCAGGAGUCGCAGCAGUAGCAACAACAACACCAUCGGCAGCAGCCAAAACAGCAGCAGCAGCAGAAACAGCAGCAGGAGCAGCAGCAACAGCAGCAGAAGCAAGAGCUGUUGUUUGUUUGUUUGCUGCAGAGAACUGGGCCGAGUGCAUGCUGCCUUUGCUGCAGCCGUCUGGGAUCGACCCCCAGCAGCUAAACGGCGUCUCCAUAAAACACAGCGCGCGAUUGAAGACAUAGAGCGUUUCAGGAGGAACCUGAGCAGCAGCAGCAGCAGCAGCAGGGAGCCGACAGCAGCAAUGGUGGCUGCAGGUGCUGUUGAUUACAGCCGCAAAGAAGAAGAAGGUUUAAGAAGGAGACGCACGCAGCUUAAACAACAUAAGAAGGCUCUAGACCAGGAGUGGAGAUCUCACAAAGAGAGACAGUCAGCAGUGCUGGCAGCGCUGCAAGACGCGAGUCUCUCCUGGCUAGUGCUGCAGCAAGACAAGCAGCAGCAGCAGCAGCAGAGGCAACAACCGCAGCAGAAGCAGCAACCGCAGCAACAGAAGCAGCAACAGCAACAGCAACAGCAGCAGCAGAUGCAGGUAGAUUGCGAAUCCGAUGGAGCCUCCUCUGUGCUGACUUUAAGCCGCCGCAGCAGCACAGCGGAAGACUUCAGCAGCAGCAGCAGCAGCAGCAGCUCUGCUGCACCUCGGGAGACACCCCAACGCAUCCCAGCAUCCAAUGGGGACAGCCAGGCGGAUACCGCGGAAGCUGCGUCUGCAUCAUCAUCAUCAGCAGCAGCAUCAUCAGCAGCAGCACCAGCAGCAGCAGCACCAGCAUCUCCAGGAGCAGGAGCAGCAGCAGCAGCAGCAGGAGAAGAUGAGAGCAAAGGAGGGAGUGUAUGCCGCAGGGGUCCGUUUGCAAUUCGCACAAUGAUAAAGUAUAUGCUGUCUCCUCGCAUUAUUAACUCUGAAGCUGAUGCUUUAUUUAGCGCCAACUUCAUUUGGCUGUUAGUCCGUCUCCGUCUCCCCCUCUUCAACUUCCUCGACUUUAUGAAUAUCUGCACACGUAUGCUCGUACCCCUCAUCAGGAGCAGCACGGAGCGGGAGGCGCAGAUGCUGGGUUUGUUUGUAGAGGAGAUUUUGUCUCCUUUGAGGAGGUGGCUUCAAGACAAAGAUGCAUUUGAAAAGGAGACAGCAGCAAACUGCUGCUUUGGGCUCACGUACAGAUUCUCAGGCAACAAAGCUAAACACUACCACCUCCUUAAAGGAGCAAGAAAGUGGGAGGCAAGGAUUCUAGAGGGACUCGCACACAGUCUGCCUUCUGCUGCUGCUGCUGCUGCAGCACCUAACCCCUCUGCUUGGCUGGGAGCGAAGGCUGCUGUUGUUUUUCUAUCGCGAUGCCACUACAGCUUUCCUAUUACUUAUAAAAGAGGGGUUGAACUCAUGAGGAGGCUUGAAGAUGCACUUGCUGCUGCACAAGCGUGGAACUGGAAGGACGUCUCUCUUUCUGCGAGCAGCAUAAUUAAGUUGCUGGCGAAGCAUCAGAGAGAGGGAAGGUGGCUAGAGCCUAUCCCAGCAGCAGCAGCAGCAGCAGCAGGAGCAGCAGCAGGAACGGGAACAGCAGCAGCUGCUGCAACAGGAGGAACAGCAGCUGCAGCAGGAACCGCAGCAACAGAGACUAAAACAAAACCAAGUGCACACAUGCAGACACAGGCAGCAACUGCUGCAGCAAAGGAAAGAACUCCCGCACAGCAGCAGCAGCAGCAGCACGACAGCAGCAGCAGCAGCAGCAACAGCAGCAGCAGCACCAAGGCAGCAGAUACACCUAGAGGGCAGCAGACACAGGCAGGUGGAGUGUCUCCUUUCAGCAGCAACACCUCUAGAGUUAAGAAUGCUCUCACAGGCCUCACGGGUGAACCACAGGCCAAACGGACCAAGACGGAAGCAACAGCAGCAACAGCAACAGCAGCAGAAGCAGCAACGGGAACAACACCAGCAGCACCACCAACAGCAACAGCACUAUCGUCAGACACCGCGGUGAACAGCAGCAGCACUAAAAGCCAAGGCCGUCCUGCUGCUUCUCCGGCUCCUUCUACUGGACCUGCUGCAGCAGCUGCUGCACCUGCUGCACCGGCAGCGGCUGCUGCACCUGGAGGAGCUCCAGCUGCAACUGCUUCUCCUGCUACUGCUUCUUCUGCUGCUCCUGCUGCGGCUUCUGCUGCUCUCCCCGUACGCCGGAGUCCCCUGGGCCCUGAGGCUGUGUCCUUAAUGAAGGCUAGGAUGGCGGGGCUUGCAGGAGCAGCAGCCCCUUCUCAGGCCCCCAGCAGCAGCAGCAGCAGCAGCAACAGCGGCAACAGUGCGAGCAGCAAAGGCGGCCGCAGUAGCAGCAGCAGCAGCAAAACCAGCAGCAGCAGCAGCAGCAGCAGCAGCGGGUCCUCUCCAAGGCCUCCUCGCCCAGGUGAGGGGCCUCCGAUGGGCGCUCGUGGGGCCUCCUUUAGCACGCAUGCGCCUGCACCCAGCAGCAGCAGCAACAGCAGCAUGGGCAGCAGCAGCAGCGGGAGCAGCAGCAGCAGCAGCAGCAGCGGGAGGACAGAGGCAGCAUCAUCACGAGGGCACCGUGAUGGCAGCGGAACUUCGAAAGCCGCUGGUGCUGCGCGUCGGCAGCAAGACACCGGGAGCAGCAGCCGCAGCAGCAGCAGCAGCAGAGGACCUGCUGCUGCUUCAGGGCCUUCAGGGAGCGCCGCAGCACCAGCUAUUAGCAGCAGCAGCAGCAGCAACAGCGGGAGGGCACAUGCUGCAGACGGGAGUCAUGCGUCAAGGAACCGUAGUGGUGCUUCUGGGAGCAGCAGUAGCAGCAGCAGCAGCAGCCGUGAUGCGGCCAGCGGCAGCAGACAGCAGCAGCACCGCAGCGGCAGCAGCAGCAGCGGCAGCAGCAGCAGCAGCAGCAGCACGAAGGACGCAGACAGCGCUGCAGCUAGCAGCAGACCUAUUCCUUCAAGAAGCAGCCACACCAAUGCAGGUCCUCGGAGCAGCAGCAGCAGCACCUCCGGGGAUGCCAGGCCCUCUUCGAGCAACAGCAGCAGCAGCAACAGCAGCAACAGCAGCAGCAACAACAGCAGCAGCAGUAGAGACGGCAAUCGGCCGCGUACACAUACACAUACAUCUUCUACUUCUCGGAGCAGCGGCAGCAGCAGCGGCAGCAGCAGCAGCAGCAACAGCAGCAGCAGCAGCACCAUGGGGAAGCCAAGGGCAGCCCCGAAGGCACCACCCCCUAUCGUAGCGCCUCGCGGAAUCAGCAGCAAGACAGGCCCUGCUGCUGCUGCUCCGCCUCCUCCUCCUCCGCCUCCUGCUGCUGCUGCACUUCCUGGCUCGGCGGCUGCUGGAGCCUCUCAUCAAUCUGCUGCACCUCCUGCUGCCAGCAGCAGCAGCAGCAGCAGCAACAGCAAUGAGACCGGAUCCCGCUUACCAUCUACGCGCCCUCACGGAGGGGCUGAAGGCGGUGGUCCGGCAAAUAGCAGCAGCAGCAGCAGCAGCAGCAGCAGCGGCUGGCACAACAAGAGAGAAGGAAGCGGUGCAGCAGGAGAGGAGGACAGGAAGAGACAGCGCAUCGCCGAAGCGGGUGAGGGCAGCAGCAACACCAAUAGCAGCAGCAGCAGCAGCAGCAGCAACAGCAACAGCAGCAGCAGCAACAACAGAGGAUCUUCUGGCUCACGGAACAAGGUUAAGAAGCCACCGGUCCCUACCCCUGUCUCUGCUGUACUGUCGACAGCCCCUGCUGCAGCAGGAGGUGCAGCAGCAGCUGCAGCAGGAGCAGCACCAGCACCAGCAGCAGCAGCAGGAACAGCAGCAGCUGCUGCUGACGGCAGCAUUCCGCAGCCACGCAACGCUUUGUUUGCGCAGCACGGCGAACAGAGACACACGCGCAAUUAA